GGAGUGUUGCAACCAAGAGAAUUGUAAAAAUCUAGACCUUAAUUUUAAGAUGAGAAAUAUUUAUCAAAAUUUAAUUUUAAGUUGAGAUAAAACCUUCUGAGCACUUUGUACAUAAAAAAAAAAAAAGAGAAUCCUUCAAUUUUCCUUAAGAAGAAAGACCAUAACAAAGAAAAUUCUUCAUUUCCCAUUUUUUUUGCUUCCUGGUUCCUGCCUUCCUCCCAUCACCAAAGCAUAUUCUUGUCCCUUCAUUUAUUUAUUUAUUUAUUUAUAGUAACAUUCUAGUCAUAAUAAAUACAUUCUAGUCAUUUUCUCCAUUUUUUUUCUCUAUUAAUAGUGUGCUGCAAAUCAUAAAAGUCUUCCAGUUUCUCAAAUAACCCUACAUCUUGAAAAAACCCUAAAGUCGAUCUUCGUGAAAUUUUUCAAUUUGAUCCGAUCCAUCUGAAGCCAUGGAUGAAGAGUACGAUGUGAUUGUGCUCGGUACUGGUCUCAAGGAGUGCAUCCUCAGUGGUCUUCUCUCCGUCGAUGGCCUAAAGGUUCUCUGUUCUGUACUUCAGUUUGAAUUUAGCUUUAGGACUUAUUCAGUUUGAUCGCGUAAUUGAAUUUUUUUUUUUUUUUUAUAAGCGUGAUUAAGUCUGAUUUUAUCGGCUUGAUAGUCAAUUGAGCAAUGUUUGAAUACUUCAGGCGGCGAAUCAGAAGAGAUUUGUGAUUCAAUUCGCAGUCAAAUCACUUUAUCUAAUAAUAUCUAAGUUUGUGGUUCACUUAUUGAGGGAGAAAUGAUGGAGUAAAUGUUUGAAUGUUUAAGAUAAUUAAACUGAGGUGGAUACGUGGAGAUUGCUAAUUCUUUAUUAAGCUGAAGUAUACUUGUGUCGUUCAAUGUGUGUCUGUAUUUCUGUUUUUUGGGGGUGGGGUUUGGGAGGCGAUAAUGGUUGUGGAAUAUACAGUCUUCAUGAUCUCUCAUUUUAGCAGAAUAUCUUGUUGAUUCAGAUAGAGCUGAUACGAUUUGAGCUUCCACAGUGGGUGAUUUCAUGCAUGAGUUACUUGACAAUGUGGUGGUCAGACAACUCUAUGUUUCUAUCACCAGAGUUCUUAAAAGUUGUGGAUCUUUUGGAGAAACGGAAAGAAUAAUCGUGUUGAUAUUCUUGUAAUGUUGAGAACUGGAGUGAAGAUCUGGGAUGGAUUUGAUUCCUGAUAUAAGUUGGGUUGCUUAAUUUCCUGUGUGAAGUUAGAUCAAAUGAGUUCCUACGAGGAAAUUUUCUUAUUUCUCUUUCUUUUUUUCCCCCCUAAAAAGGAGCUAUUCUUUCUGACUUCCCUCGUUCUCUGUGAUACAAGUUCAUUCCUUCUUUCUUUGAUAUUUUAAUGUACACUUUCUGUCUGUUAAGAAGCUAUUGCUUUAAGUGGUCACUUGUCCUUGCAAGGAAAAUUUUUCAUGGAAAUCAAAUUUCUUCUAUUAUGAAAGUUGAUGAAUUGAGGUUUUUAUGUUACAUAUCAUGAUGGAAAAUUCAGCUCCGUGUUUGAUUGUUUAAAGUUGAAGUUUUCUCUAAUCACUACUUUGCACUUAUUGUACAAGCCCCCUUUUGGUUUCAUUUCUAAAAAUGGCGCCUACCUUUAAGGUUGCUAAGCUCUUGUUCUUAUUGUGAGUGGUGUUCUGUCGACAUUUUAGUGCCACGAGUGUGAUUUCCCAUCCCUUUGCUUGACCUAAUAACUAAGAGAUUUCACAAUUGUGAUCAAAGCAAAUGUGAUCCAGAGUUAGUAUUACGUGCAUAAGUCAUCUUAGAACAUACGAAUGGGACAGUGCAUGUACAAGACCCACCUUUACAGUCCUGGUAUGGGGAACACUGGGCUAAGAAAGUGUUGGACCUCGUGGUAUCGCAAGGACCUGAAAGGGGAAGACAUGUAACACCCUGCAUUGGAUGGAGAGUAAGUGAGUUUAUAGAAGUAACUUUGGAAAUAGACAGGAAUGAGCGGACAAUAAUAUGUGCCUGGGGUCACUGUUGGUUUUGUAUCAAUUUAGUGCAGCUGAUUCCGAGGGUUGGGUCACCUGGGAAGUUCCGUUUUGGAGUAACUUUGUAUACAUUUUUUAAAAUGUUGAGGUGUAUAAUAUACUUAUGUUUUCCGGUUUGGAUAUAUUCUAUUGGUGCUUGGCCAUUAUGGUGCGUAUGUAUUUCGUUGAAUAGCUCCUGUGUGUGCCUGUACGUAUGAAGAAUGAGCUAAUUUUUCUUCUUUUGUGUCUUAUGUGUGCUGUGAACUCUAUGAACAAUUGGUGUUAAUAUACUAUUCUCUUUGCAAUGGAGUUUCCCCCCCUAGUUUCUAUUAUCCUGAAUUCGAUGCUCAGAGAAUGAUAUCCUUUUCUUCGUAAAAUAGGUUCUGCAUAUGGAUAGGAAUGACUAUUACGGAGGAGAAUCAACUUCACUGAAUCUUGUUCAGCUGUGGAAGAAGUUCCGAGGAAGUGAGAAUCCUCCGUCAAACCUGGGUUCCAGCCGGGACUACAAUGUUGACAUGAUGCCCAAGUUUAUAAUGGCAAAUGGAGCUCUUGUACGUGUCCUCAUUCAUACGGAUGUCACAAAAUACUUGUACUUCAAGGCCGUCGAUGGUAGCUUUGUUUAUGUCAAAGGAAAGGUUCACAAGGUUCCUGCAAAUGACAUGGAAGCCCUUAAAUCUCCUCUGAUGGGUAUUUUUGAGAAACGUCGAGCUCGCAAGUUCUUUGUUUAUGUCCAAAAUUAUGAUGAAAAUGAUCCCAAGACUCAUGAAGGGAUGGAUCUGACAAGAGUGACCACUAGGGAUUUUAUUGCGAAAUUUGGUCUUGAUGACAAUACUGUGGAUUUUAUUGGUCACUCAUUGGCUCUUCAUCGAGAUGAUCGCUACUUGGAUGAGCCUGCACUCGAUACCGUGAAGAGAGUGAAGCUGUACGCUGAAUCUUUGGCACGUUUUGGAGGAAGUUCACCAUAUAUUUAUCCUUUAUAUGGGUUAGGAGAGCUUCCACAGGCAUUUGCUCGCUUAAGUGCUGUCUACGGUGGGACCUACAUGUUGAAUAAACCCGAGUGCAAGGUAGAGUUUGACGAGGAAGGAAAGGUCAUGGGUGUCACAUCAGAAGGGGAAACGGCAAAGUGCAAGAAAGUUGUGUGUGACCCUUCCUACUUGUCCAACAAGGUCAGGAAAGUUGGGAAAGUUGCUAGAGCUAUUGCAAUCAUGAGCCACCCCAUUCCAAAUACCAAUGAUUCUCAUUCAGUGCAGAUUAUUCUUCCUCAGAAACAGUUGGGUCGGCGUUCAGACAUGUAUGUCUUCUGUUCUUCCUACUCUCAUAAUGUCGCUCCAAAGGGAAAAUUUAUUGCUUUUGUCUCAACGGAGGCUGAAACUGAACAUCCUGAGACUGAAUUGAAGCCUGGUAUCGAUCUACUUGGCCCAGUGGAUGAGAUUUUCUAUGAUAUUUAUGAUAGAUAUGAACCAGUCAAUGAGCCUUCUCUGGACAAUUGUUUCAUAUCAACUAGUUAUGAUCCAACAACUCACUUUGAGUCGACUGUGGUUGAUGUGCUCAAUAUGUAUACCUUGAUUACUGGAAAGGUUCUUGACCUCAAUGUGGAUCUGAGUGCUGCCAGUGCUGCUGAAGAAUGAGGCCCAAGUUUGUUGCUGCACAUGAUCUCCUUGUUUUAGCCUGCCAAAGUCUAUCCUUGUAAAAACUUUGGCAUGUUUGCUUUGUAAAAGUGGACAU